AGUAUAGAAUGAAAGAACAAUAAUACAAGCUAAAGGGUAUUAUAAUUGUAACAUUUUCUAUCAUAACUUCCUUACUAGUGCACGUCCAUCAAUGAUUGUUACCGGUAUUGCAGUCUCGCUAAUUGCGAUUCUCUUAGGGUUUGGCACAAUUCCACUUAUGCAGGUCCUCGACGAUAGGUUCAAAUUCAACUUAGGAAGUUCCUUUGAUGGAUUGAGAAAGACGAUAUCUGAAUCUAACAUUCCGAUAAUUGAAGCACCUUCCAGUACACCAAUAAGAGAAGUAAAUAGCGCGACUUUCCUUAUAGAUUUAGUUCGAAUUGGUUAUUCACACGCGAGAUUACAAAAGUUCAGAAUAGUGAGCGCGUUAUAUGAGCAUAAAUAUGAUAAGCUCGCUGAAUUUGUCAAUCAAAUUACUCUAUGGCAAUUGCUUAUGGUUCUUGCUGGUGUAUGGUUGGUUACAGCUAUCACUUUCUUCUCAUGCGUUAUCAACAGCAAUGAAGAGCCAAAAUCAUCGGAUAAGCCUACAGAAAACCCUUCAGAAUGGCAUUUGGAUAAUAAAAAAACUGAAUACUCAAAUCUACUAGUUCCUGAUAACACAAGUGCGAAAUCAAAUGCUGAAGCGCAAGAUAAUGCAUUAGGAUUGGAUAUUGAUAAGAGUGAAUUACCUGUGCAAUCAACUAUUACAAAAUCUGAGCUUGCUGAGCCUUCGUUUGUCCAAGAGGAUGUAUAUCAAACACCUCAAAUUUUCUUGCCAAAUGAGAAUAUAGAAUCGGAUAAUGUGUCAGAAGAUAAAGAAGUAAAUGCUGUAGAUAUAGACGACAGUGCUUCUAUUCAUUCAUCAAGUACAUUAGAAAGUCAAAAAUGGCAAGAGCCAGAAGAUACUUACAAAAGGAUUUCAAGUUACAGCACUCAGAGUCAGGAUUUCGAACAUGAAAACCUAUUCACGAAAUUAGAAACUGAAGAGGCACCAGCUAUGGAGACACCUACGAAGCAAAAUGAGACCACCUUACCAGAUAGCAACAAAUCGCAAAGAUCUCAGAGAUCACAAAAAGCUAAAGAAAUUGUUAGAAAAGUUAGCAGAACACCAUCAAAGAUGAUGAAAAGAAUGAGCAGUAAUGGUGGCAGCGGAAGCACCAGUGGUGGCUUAAAGAACGCUAACGCCUUCACAGUUCUAGACAACGACGUUAAUUCCUGACUACCAAGCCCAUCGCAAUUAGCAAACAAACGAAUGUUGUAAUGACCCGUAAGACAAUCAUAAUGAUUAAAUCAGAGUGAUGGAUAUGUAUUUUAUGAGCAUAUAAAUAAACUAUAAAUGAGCGUGUUCCUUCUAAUAAACUUAAUGAACUAUUUCUUCCUUCUUGAUUUUGUCAUGCUUUUCAUUUCUAAUUUCGUUACCUUGGUCGACGAUCUUCUCAGCUGAAUCAUCUAAAACAAUACCAAGACCUUCCUCUUGAGCCAAUUCAACUACGUCGUCGAGCAUAACUAAACCAUCUUUAUCUACGUCUAAUUUGUGGACGAUGGUGUCAAUGACUUCCUCAUCUGGUGAGUGUUUAAUAACUCUUAAAGCUUGUUUGAGAUCGUGGAUUGAAAUUUGACCAAGAUGGUUGACCUGAAUGAGGUUAAGUUGUGUACCAACUUUUUCAUCGUAAUCCGAUAAUUGCGUAUCAAUCUUUUGAAUCAUAGAUUUAACUUGCUUCUUAACGUUCUCGUUAGUCUUGUCAAUCUUCUUCUCUUCUUCAGGUAAACCAGCUUGAGCCUCCUCUGCUUGUUUUUCAGCUUCACGAGUUUGCUCUAUGAGUGUUUGCAAUUCUUCUCUUUCUUUAAGAACUGAUGAUUUGGCAGAAAGAAUAGACAAAGCUUGACCCAAUUCACCCAAUUGUUCUGGUGUCAUACGUACAUCAUCCUCUUGCUUAAUGGCAGAAUCUGGUAACAAGUUCUUAGCUUUCUCCAAUUCUUCUUCCUUUCUAGCUUUCUCAACUUCUCUUUGAGCUUGUCUUGCUUCAACUUCCUUUUGCUCUUGUUCGGCUUCAUCUUCAAUAAGCUCUUCUUGUUCUUGCAAGACAUCCAAUUUUUGUUUGUAAGUUGCUUCAUCACUUACUUCUAAUUCAGCCUCAUUGAGAAGAACAUCAGGAAGACUACAUAAGGUUGCUUCAAGGCUUGCCAUAACUGAAUCACCGAGAUGUGCAAAGUUGAAAGCCUUUGAGAGGACCAAUAAGACACCAGAAAUUUCUUGUGUAGUGUGUAAUUCAACCCAUUGGCUAAGAUCAUCGCGUAAUCUUGCAUUAGAGUGAGUAGCUACUCUAAUACCUCUAGAUUGACAAGCGUGUUGUAAUUCUGAAGUAGAAAGUGAUUCAACGCCUUCCGCUUGUAUCAAAACGUCAUCUCUCUUAAGGUGUUCUAAUCUUCUUCUAAUAUGGCCUCUCAAGUAGUUGUCUGUACCGAAAGCAUUGAUGUUCAUGUAACGACACAUUGAAACGAGCUGUGGGCGGCUGAGGUUGUCCAAAGUAAGAUCAUUGUUAAACAAUCUAGCGACCUUGACAAUAUCGCUAUGGGAUGGGUGUUCGCCUGUUGUUCUUAUCUUUCUGAAAAAUUCCUUGAAUUCAUCGCUGCCGGUGACAGAUUCCGAUGCUCUAAUACCAGAUUCCUUAAUUGUCUCUUGCAAGAAUUUGGCCAUUUCCAAUCUAACUCUAAGUAACUUUCUCUUCUUCUCAUCAGCAGCGAACUUGUCUUCGAAUGUGGAUGGCAACAUGUUAGGGAAAAGCUUGAGUGCUACUGGUAAGAGAAGUUCCAUGAAUGGAAUCAAAACGAAUGGUACGAAUGGGAUUAAUCUGAGGAUAUCGGAUGUUGUACGCUUAAGUUGACGUCUCUCUCUACGUGUGAGAGUUUUUCCUCUUAAUAAUCUUGCCUGUAAUCUUGCUGAAAUUCUAAUUUCUUUUGCUAGCAACUUCGAUCCAUGCCAAUAGUGUUGAGCUUCGUGCUUAACUUUACCCCAAACUCUAGUGGAUAAUGGCUCAGUUGUUAGUGCCUUAGAUUCUUUCUCUUCUUUCUCGUUUUUGCCGUUAUUUGCUGAAUAGAAUCUGAGUGAUACUGGAGUUGUCGGCUUUGACAGCGCGAGUGGCUCUCUGAUCAAACUGGAUGGAUAAGGAGUCAACAAAGGACUCCUCAAUGCAAUACUCGUAGUUCUAGUGAGCGCUUGUGCGUUUACACGCAUCGGUAACCGUCGUAACAUCAUCGUCGUAGAAAUCC